GCGCAGUAACCCGGCGCCGAGUCGACAUUUAAUAAUCAGUCCUGCCUUGUCUUCUGACGUGUACGCGACACCGCGAUCUGUGUUUACACUUAAACUCCUGCCAGUGUUUGUUUAGUUUCUACGUUUUUAAUACACACGUGAAAAAUGGCUGACAGUGGUCUCAAGAGAAAUAUUCCGAUCAAGCUUGGAGAUUUUUCAGUCAUCGAUACUGAAUUCUCUAGCAUCAGGGAGAGAUUUGACGCCGAAAUGAGAAAAAUGGAAGAAGAAAUGAGCAAAUUCCGAUCGGAACUCAUGAAUAGAGAAAGCAACAAUUUCUUUAAAAGCUCCACAAGCACGACCACAUCAUCACAACACAGUGACAGCAGACAACUCGCCGAACCAAGCCAUUGGGAUAGCUUAAACUCACCUCUCAUUCAGGACGAAGGGGAUGGCAAAUCUCUGAAACUGAGAUUCGAUGUCAGUCAAUACACCCCCGAGGAAAUCGUCGUUAAGACUGUUGACAACAAAUUACUGGUCCACGCCAAGCACGAGGAGAAGUCGGAGACUAAGUCUGUUUACAGAGAGUAUAAUAGGGAAUUCCUGUUGCCGAAGGGCACCAAUCCCGAGGCCAUUAAGUCAUCUCUAUCUCGCGAUGGAGUACUUACGGUGGAGGCGCCGCUGCCUCAGCUCGCCAUCACCGACAGGAACAUCCCCAUACAGAAGCACUGAAGCCAUCCUAGCGAACUAAAUUAACAGCAGCUAUUCCAUAUUAAUAAUUUAUUAUAAUUUAUAAAUUGUAACUAAGUAUCAGAAUAUUCGGUAACUUAUUUUUGAAUCUUAUAUGAAUUGAAUCUCGUUUAUCGGUUUUGUUUGAUUUAAGAUUAUUCCAAAUUUAAAAAAUAUAUAUAUGUGGAAGUUUCGAAUCUCAUACGUAUUCGUGUCGCUUUGUUACGCUUUCACUGUGAUUUUGAGAGGUUUUUGAAUCACUUUUGAUACUCUAGCGGUCUGCUGAUAUUGCACUAUUAUAUAUUAACAAACACUUGGUAUAGCGAACUUUCCUACAAUCAGCCUGUACCGUUAUAUCGGAGCUUAUAUUUUGGUGAUAAUAGUGCAAUUGGUACAUCACGUACUUAUAAUAUUGGUAGUCUUUUUUAAAGACAUUUCUGUCCUUUUAUCUUAAAAGGCAAUUUCGUCCUAAUGUUAUAUUUAGUAAACAAUAACUAUAGCAGUAUAUUCAAAACACCAUGUUAACGGCUUUUUAAUGAUACACAUUUAUAUUUUAGUACAAAAAAAUGUUGUAGAUGGCAAUAAAUUGCAAUAGAAAAAUUU